AAAUUUGAGUAUCUUUCAAAAUGUUUGGAACAAACAUUAUCCUCUUUGUAUAUAUAUUUUUAUUUUGUUUUAUAUUUUCGGAUAGUGCAAUAAUAUUAGAUCCAACAAAUAAUGGGAUAACAGUUUCUAUUCAAAAUGAUGCUGGUGACAAAACAUUACAAGGCAUCUUAGGUAUUGGACAAAAUUUUAAUAAUAUUGAUUGUAACAAUGAUUUUUCGAAAUGUAUAAUAGACGAACAAACUAUUUUAUCUAUAAAGGAAGUUAAUAGUGGGUAUCGUGUCAGCUGGACAUCAAAGAACACUUCACAUUCAUUUAAGGAUUGUUACAAUCUAAAUAUCGGAGAAACUUUUUGGUUUGGAGGACCUGAACGAUAUGUACAAAAGCCUCUUGAACAAUUAAUUUUAGAUGGCAAUAAUCCGUACAUAAUUAAAAAUUCCGACAAUUUUGCUGUUGCAGAAAGAUAUUAUCUAAAUAGCAAAGGUACUUUUAUUUUUAUCCAUGACAAUGUACCACUAUUUAUUGAUCAAAAUAAUGAGCAAAAUGGAACAGUCUGUUUUAUUGCAAAAUCACAAAAUCCGUAUAUUAACAGAAAUAGGACUAUUUUAAAUUAUGAUAUAAUUACCAAGAGUAAUUCAAAAGAAGCACAACUUUUUGCUGUAAAUAAUUAUUUGGGAAAGCCAACAGACCAUCCCAAUGAAAAAAUGAUAAGGGAACCUAUUUGGACAACAUGGCCAAAGUACAAGAAGUUUAUUGAUGACGGAAAAGUAAGAGAAUUUGCUCAAUCUAUUGCAGACAAUAAAUUUGGUGGCCAGCUCGAAAUUGAUGAAGAUUGGGAAAUUUGCUUUGGAUCUCACAUCUUCAAUAAAGAAAAAUUUCCAGAUAUAAAUUCAACAACUUCAUUCAUACGAUCUUUAGGUUUUAGUGGUAUAACGCUGUGGAUAAAUCCAUUUGUAAAUAAUGAUUGCCAAAAUUAUUCGACAGAGGGACUAGAUAAAGGUUAUUUCGUGAAAGAUCCAGAAGGCAAUACUCGAGCAAUAUGGUGGGAAGGUGAUGAUGCUCAUCAAAUUGAUUUCACAAAUCCAAAUGCUGCAGAAUGGUUUGCUAGUAAAAUAAGAAGAUUGGCUGAGGAUCAGGGUUUUGAUGGCUUCAAAUUCGAUGCUGGCGAAACAGAUUAUAUUAUACCACCAGGAGAUUAUGACUGGGUAAAAGAUCAAGAGGAAGUUCCAAACAUAUUUACUAAAAAAUAUGUAGAAACUUGUUCACAAUUUGGAGAUUUAGUCGAAGUUAGAUCAGCAUGGAGGACACAAGGAUAUCCACUAUUUACACGAAUGAUUGACAAAGAUUCUUUAUGGGGAAGCGAUAAUGGACUUUAUACAUUGGUAACGACAUUAAUUCAAAUGAAUAUCGACGGUUACACUUUGGUUUUACCAGAUAUGAUCGGUGGUAAUGGAUACCGACAGCAACCAACAGCAGAACUGAUUGUUAGGUGGACACAGGCAAAUGCACUUAUGCCUGCGAUGCAAUUUGGUUAUUUGCCGUGGGACUAUCCAAGCGACAAAUUUGAUACGGUUGAGAUUGUUAGAAAAUAUGCCAAUCUUCAUGCUGAAUUUGGAGACACAAUCAUCGAGGCCAUGGAAAAAAGUAUUUUAAAUGGAACACCUGUAAAUCCUCCAAUUUGGUGGAUCGAUCCCACUGAUUCUACUGCGUUUGCUACAGAUGACGAAUUCCUUCUUGGAGAAAACAUUUUGGUAGCACCUGUAUUAGUUGAAGGCGCUGUUACAAGAAAAGUUUAUUUACCGAAAGGUUCAUGGCAAGAUGGAAACAAUGGCAGUAUUUACGAGGGGCCAUUAACAAUUUCUAAUUACAAUGCACCCAUUAAUAUUUUACCCUAUUUUAUAAAACAGAAUUAAAAUGUAAUAAAUAAAAUAAAAUGAA